CUCUGGAGCUCGGCAGCCGGAGUUAGAAAAGAUGAGUUUGCGGGCGUUGUCCACUGCACUGGCGGGGUUCGUCCCGCGGCGGGCAAUGGGGGCGCGAGCCCAGCUCGGGCCGGCGGCCUUCGCCCAAGUGCUGCGCCUGCCCGAGAGGCAGCAGAAGGCGCUGGUGUUCCCGCUGCAGGAGCUGGAGCGCUGCAUGGUCCCGGGCGGGGGCGCCAAGCUGCACGUGAGGACGUUCGACCCGAGCCUGGAGGACAUCGCGAGAGCUGAGACCGCCUUCUGCCCCGCGCCCCGCCACCGGAUCGACUACGUUAGCAGCGCCGAGCGCCUCGACCACGCCCCCGUCCCCUCCCGCCCCGAGGUCUGCUUUAUAGGAAGAAGCAAUGUUGGAAAAUCAUCCCUAAUAAAGGCUUUAUUUUCCCUGGCCCCUGAAGUUGAAGUCAGAGUUUCAAAAAAGCCGGGACACACAAAGAAAAUGAACUUUUUCCAAGUUGGAAAAUAUUUUACAUUGGUGGACAUGCCAGGUUAUGGUUUUAAAGCACCUAAGGAUUUUGUUGACAUGGUAGAAGCUUAUCUGAAAGAACGGCCAAAUUUGACCAGAACAUUUUUGUUGGUAGAUGGUGUUGUUGGAAUUCAAAAAGCAGACAGUAUUGCUAUAGAAAUGUGUGAAGAAUUUGCAUUACCCUAUGUGAUGGUGUUAACAAAAAUUGACAAAGCUUCCAAAGGUUAUCUUGCAAAACAAGUUUUGCAGAUCCAAGAAUUCGUUGACACUCAUACCCAGGGAUGCUUUCCUCAGUUGUUUCCGGUCAGUUCAAUAACAUACUCUGGGAUCCAUCUGCUGAGGUGCUUUAUAGCCUAUAUAACAGGAAACCUUCACAUCAAUGGCUCAUAGCUUGGCUAGGGACUCAGAGGCUGGCUGUGUCAUCCAGAACAUCAGCAUUGUUUUAGAUGUUGUCUACCUUUAACAUGGCAAGAGGACCAUUUGCAUCUUCCCCGAGUAAUCUCUGCCCCAGUUUUAAUGCCUGGGAAGAGUCUAUACUAGAUCUAAUCUUGAUGUUCAAUUCAAAACAGUUAUUUUGAAAAGUUAUUAUCUCUUUAACAAGUUGAAAUUUUAACUUGUUUUGCUCAUGGCUUAUGAGUCAUGAGAAAUCAUAGCACAUUGAUUAAGCUGA